AUCUAACAGGCACGAAUUUGAAAGUGUCUUGUCUUCUAACAAGCAUCCUGAUUCCAUUUUCCACCCAGAAGGGAAAAGAGGACAAUCUGUGCAUUACACUCCUACAGCGCAGCGCUUUGCUUUGGGAUUACCCUCAUUGUUUGACUACAAAAAUCCCGUUAUCAAAAUGCUGCGAUAUCGAGUUAAUAUCAUUAAUCCUACACCGCGGAGCUCCGGAUUUCUGCCGCUCACCAUUCAGGUGGCGCCUUCCCUUUGCGAACACACACAAAGGUGGCAACAACAAAGCCCGGUGUGAGCGGGGCAGCGGCUCGGAGCAGCAAUGUGGGUGUGGGGAACGGGGCGCUGGGGCUGCGGCCGCGAUCGCUGCGUUGCCCCUUUAAUUGUGUCCCCAGCCCUCGGGCGUCUCUGUCCAACGCCCACGUCAGCAAAUACCUUUUGUUUCUGUGCCGCUCGGGCUCGCAGGGCUGCGGGAGCAGCGGCGCGGCGCCUGCAGGCACGGCGAGCCCCGAGGCGGGGCCGGGGAUCCCGCAGCCACCGCCCGCCCGUUCCCCCCCGGCUCGGCGGCAGCGCCCGCAGCUCCCCGCCGCAAACCUUCCUGUUACUCCCCGCCUGGAAUGGAGAUUUCUUCCCACCAGUCUCACCUCCUGGAGCAGCUGAACGAGCAGCGGAAGCAGGACUUGUUCUGUGACUGCAACAUCCUGGUGGAGGGCAAGGUCUUCAAAGCCCAUCGCAAUGUGCUGUUUGCCAGCAGCGGCUACUUCAAAAUGCUCCUUUCGCAGAGCUCCAAGGAGACCAGUCAGCCAACAAUAGCCACGUUUGAGGUCUUCUCUCCAGAGACGUUCAUGGUCAUCCUGGACUUUGUGUAUUCGGGGAUAUUGUCUUUAACGGGUCAGAAUGUGAUCGAAGUCAUGUCAGCCGCCAGCUAUCUGCAGAUGACAGAUAUCCUCAAUGUCUGCAAGACCUUCAUUAAGUCCUCAUUGGAUAUUAAUGAAAAGGAAAAGGAUCAUUACCUCAGCCUCUCGGCCAAAAGUGCGAGCACUGAGCCCACCGCUGCCCGCCCGGCUCUUUACCGCUCCAGAAGGAAAGCAAAGAGCAACCCCCGGCGCUCCUACUCCAUCCCGGAUGAAAAACCCAACGGGAACGAGAACUCCUGGAGCAGCUACAGCAGCUACCUGUCCUCGCAGGUGAUCCUGCAGCGGGCAGAGACGCAGCUCUCCAAGAGAGGCAGGAAACAGAGCUCCACGAGGAAGCGCCGCAAGCACCGCGAGCUGGCGGGGGGCAAAGCGGACAGAGCCGAGCGAGCCGGAGCCGCCGAUCCCGCCCACAGCGCCCGGGGCAGCGCCGAGGAGGAGGAGGAGGAGGAGGAGGCCGAGUUUGAUGCCGAGAAUGAGGUGGAGCAGGAUGAGUUCGGAUAUCACCCCGCGGCUGAGGCCGCAGCCAAGAGGUGGUCGGUGGCUCAGCUGGAGCAAGAACUUUCCAGAACUCCUGAGUUCAUGGAGUUAAAGGCAGAAGAACUGUACACCUCAAUGCCCACGAUUUUGGGGGUAAUGAGUAGCUGGAAUGAAGGGGACCUGCCCCGCACGCGGUUCAAGUGCCCGUUCUGCACGCACACGGUGAAGCGCCGGGCGGACCUGAAGCGCCACCUGCGCUGUCACACCGGGGAGCGGCCGUACCCGUGCGAGGCGUGCGGGAAGCGCUUCACCCGCCUGGAGCACCUCCGCAACCACUUCCAGACGAUCCACCAGGCUGGCAAGCUGAUCUGCAGGAAGUGCAAGCGGCAGGUGACGGAGCUGACGGGCUGCGUGGUGCAGCAGGGCACGCGGCGCUACCGCCUGUGCCACAAGUGCUUGGCACAGGCCAAUUUCGACAGCACCCCCGAGGAUUUCAGCCCUGCUGGACACUCUCCUGCCUCCUCCACGGGAAAUCAACGGCCCAAAUGGGAUUUGGAGGAGGAGCAGAAGUCAGGGGAAGAGACAGGGGAGGAGGAACCCUAUAAUUUGGUUGUCCGGCACAAUAGCGGUGAAAUUCCAGAGGAGGUGAAGGAAAAGGUGAAGCCAAAUCUGAGGUAGAGCUUUGUGGAUUUGUUCUUGUUGUGUUCAAGAUGAAAUCACAAUGCUGGUAUUUUAAUAAAAUGAAGUAUUGUUAAAAUUCUGUGCUGAGAAGCAACAUUUGGACUGAAACAAGUUGUUUUUUGCAGACGUGGAACAGUGUAAUUGCUUCUAAAUGUCAUCCAGAAAUGAGGAUCACAAAAUAACCUGAGUUGAAAGGGACCCACAAGGACACUGAAGUCCAGCUGCUCACUUGUUAUCUGGAAAUUAUUUAGAAGAAUUGUUUUAUAUUUCAUCAGACUUGCUCAGAGCUCCUGAGAAGCUCUGUCAUGGAAGUGUGAACCAAUUUACAGUUCUACAAAGGUUCUCUAUGAUACAGAUUUUUAAAAACCAAAUAUUGCUAAUUUGCUUUGGAAAAACUCUUGGUGAGGUGAGCAGCUGAGAAAUGUUAAACCACUUUUUUUUGCUGUAAUUAAUUUGUACAUAACGCAUCAGAAAGCUCCUAAGAAAGGAGCGAGGGAAACAAGGGGAGUUCUUCCUGUUGAAAAACUUUUUUAUUUUUGUUUUCUCGGUGAACUUUACAGCUUCUUCUAGUUGAGAAAAGCAUGAUUUAGGAACUCCCACAGCAGAGUAGAGUAGGUGACCAGAGCAUCUGUAGUGCACUUGGAUAGUAUGAAUUUGCUUUUUUUUGUACUGUGAAUUUUAUAGAAAGAUACACCAACGUGGUUCUAAGGAAAUAAAAGUGCAAUCACUGCAAGUGCAGUUGUCAGGUUUUUUCCAUUUUUUUCCCCAGGAUUGAUGCAAGAUUUGCUUUAACCCAUCUAUCUUACUCUAGGAAUAAAAAGGCCAAAGUCCCUUGAAUUUCAGUGGGACAUUUGUGACUUAAGAUCAUAAAGCUACUUUGGGAAGGUUCUCCUGCUUGUGUAAUUUUAGGGUGCUUGACAGCAUAAAAACAUUUUUUACAGCACAGUUUCCCUCAGAGGUUAAGCAACUCUUGUAAUUCUGGAGUCUCUUAAGCUUUUCUACUCAUAUUUAUUUCCCCAGCCACUUGGAUCAGAGAACCUGCAUUUGGUAGAGAAGCUAAAAAUGCUCCCUAUUAAAUUAUUAAAAAAGAAAAGCUCAAGGAGUGCACAGAAGAAACCUUCUGCCAGAUUCAGAGAAUGGCAUUCCCAGUGGGUACUCCUGCUAAAGAGCCACUGUUUGGUCUCAUGUCUCAUUUGAUGCUGGGUUUCCUUUCCUGUUAGCAGCAUCUGUAGCCUGAGGUUCCUGCCAAGAAAGCAGAAAUUCCCCACAGAGAAUUUGAGAACAUGGAUGCACAUCCAGGUUCUGCCUCCAGCAGCUGCCAUUAACCUUGGCAAAAGUGAGAAUGGGGCAAGAUUCUGGAAUAAUUCCCUAAAGCUCUCCCAGUCUCCAGCCUUUUGAGAUUUGUACAUUUACUAACCACCAGUGCAGGUUUUUUCCAAGUAGAUCACCACUCUAUCCAUGAAUUUCCUAUAUCUGCAGGAUUCUCUGGCAAACCAGAAAGGUUUGCACUCUAAGGGUGUUUUUUAAUGACCCACUUUCAGUAGAGCAGCACUGUGAGCU